AGCAGUGGAAAGAGUUCUGUGUUGGAAAGUCUUGUGGGACGGGAUCUGCUCCCACGAGGUACUGGAGUUGUCACCCGGAGACCCCUUAUUCUGCAGCUGGUGCAUGUUUCACCAGAGGAUGGUCGGAAAACAGCUGGAGAUGAAAAUGAGAUAGAUGCUGAAGAGUGGGGUAAAUUUCUUCACACCAAAAAUAAGAUCUAUACAGAUUUUGAUGAAAUUCGUCAGGAAAUAGAAAAUGAAACAGAGAGGAUUUCAGGAAAUAAUAAGGGGAUCAGUCCUGAACCUAUUCAUCUUAAGAUUUUUUCAUCUAAUGUUGUAAAUCUGACUCUUGUGGAUUUACCUGGAAUGACAAAGGUGCCUGUUGGUGAUCAGCCUAAGGACAUUGAACUUCAAAUAAGAGAGCUAAUCCUUCAAUUCAUCAGCAACCCAAAUUCAAUUAUUCUGGCAGUCACAGCUGCUAACACAGACAUGGCCACUUCAGAAGCACUUAAAAUUGCACGGGAGGUAGAUCCAGAUGGUCGAAGAACCCUUGCUGUUAUCACAAAGCUGGAUCUCAUGGAUGCUGGCACUGAUGCUAUGGAUGUGCUCAUGGGAAGAGUGAUUCCAGUCAAGCUUGGCAUCAUUGGAGUAGUCAACAGGAGUCAGUUGGAUAUUAACAAUAAGAAGAGUGUAGCUGAUUCCAUUCGUGAUGAGUAUGGUUUUCUUCAAAAGAAGUAUCCUUCCCUAGCCAAUCGAAAUGGAACCAAGUAUCUUGCUAGAACACUGAACAGACUACUGAUGCAUCAUAUCAGGGAUUGUUUGCCAGAACUGAAAACCAGAAUCAAUGUUUUAGCUGCUCAGUACCAGUCUCUACUAAACAGCUAUGGGGAGCCUGUUGAGGACAAAAGUGCCACUUUAUUGCAGCUUAUUACCAAAUUUGCCACAGAAUAUUGUAACACUAUUGAAGGAACAGCAAAAUACAUAGAGACUUCAGAGCUAUGCGGUGGAGCCAGAAUCUGUUACAUUUUUCAUGAGACCUUUGGAAGAACUUUAGAAUCUGUUGACCCACUGGGUGGCCUUAACACAAUUGAUAUUCUGACUGCCAUUAGAAAUGCUACCGGUCCCCGUCCUGCCUUGUUUGUUCCUGAAGUUUCAUUUGAAUUGCUGGUAAAAAGGCAAAUCAAACGUUUAGAAGAACCUAGCUUGCGCUGUGUGGAGCUGGUUCAUGAAGAAAUGCAGAGGAUUAUCCAGCAUUGUAGUAAUUACAGUACACAGGAAUUAUUGAGGUUUCCUAAAUUGCAUGAUGCCAUAGUUGAAGUAGUAACUUGUCUUCUGCGUAGAAGACUUCCUGUCACAAAUGAAAUGGUUCAUAAUCUAGUGGCCAUUGAGUUAGCUUAUAUCAAUACCAAACAUCCAGACUUUGCUGAUGCCUGUGGUUUAAUGAAUAACAACAUAGAGGAACAAAGGCGUAACAGGUUAGCCCGGGAAUUGCCUUCUGCUGUGCCACGAGACAAGUCUACUAAAGCUCCAGGUGCAUUGACACCUGCUUCCCAGGAGACUGUUACUGCUGCUUCUGCUGAGGCUGAUGGCAAGACCGCUCCUGGAGCAGGAGAUACAUCUCAGGAGCCUGGAACAGGCAACUGGAGAGGAAUGCUGAAACCCUCAAAAGCGGAAGAGGCAUCGGCAGAGGAAAAAUCCAAGCUAGCUGCAGCCCUACCUGCUAGUCCUCAAAAAGGACAUGCUGUAAACCUAUUAGAUGUGCCUGUACCUGUUGCACGCAAACUUUCUGCCCGUGAGCAACGAGAUUGUGAAGUGAUUGAACGACUUAUUAAAUCUUACUUCCUUAUUGUCAGGAAGAACAUUCAGGACAG